AAAGAAUAUUAGAAAUAUUAAGAAAAAAUAAUAAUACUUAAGCGUCAAUGUGUUCUCACUCUUCCUACUAAGCGACGUUUGCUUAAAUCAGCACGUAAAUAUAUUAUAACCUACAAAUAGAAAACGAAAUGGAUGUGAAACUAAAUUUUCAAAUCAACUCAACUACUUCAAUGUCCGACUUCCAUUAAAACUAGUCAUACACACACAAAGUACUUACUGGCAUCUAUCUAUACGCAGCCUUGACAAGUGCUAAGUAUACGAAAGGAAUAUUUUUAUACUCAUAAACGAAAGUGAAAAACCUACAAACGUGGAUAACAAAGGCGAAACGAUGUGGUCCAAUGCUUUAUGCACAUUGGGCGUCACAAAACCAAUUUGCAACUGCCUCAGCAUUAGGCAAGUGGCUGCAGCUGCAGCGGCUGCUGCAGCAACUCAGAGCGCUACCAUUACCACAGGUCCAACAGCAUCCAGCAGCUCUUCAGGGGAGUCUCGUGGAAAGAGACCGCUAAAAAUUUGGGAUAGCUGGCGAAAUGUACGGAAAGGAGUAGUUGUUGGCACAUUCGAAGAGUUAUUAGUUAGAGGCAAAGAUAAACUAGGGGUUCCUGCCUCAGAACCGGUACGACUUGUUCUGGAGAGCGAUGGGACCCAAAUUGAAGAUGGAGAAUAUUUUCGCACUCUGGCAAAUAAUACAAUACUAUUGCUGUUAAGGCAGGGAGAACGUUGGUAUCCAACUGGCGUCGAUGUCAUAAAGGCUG